AUGCAAUUUAGGGGUUUGAAGGACAUGAAGACAUCAACUACACUGUUCCUGCUCGUCCACUUAUCCCUACACACGGUAGAUGAAGGUCACGCCAUAAAUCCAAGUUGUUCGUGUAUUCGCUUCACUUCAACUCACGGAAAGGAGCGAGGCACGUUCAGUAGUCCCGACUACCCACGUCCGUACCCACAGGAUAUGUGCCUCUUAUAUACAUUCCUUGCCGAACCGCAUCAAAUAGUAGAACUUGUGUUCACUGACUUCGAUAUUUAUAAGGAACUACUGGAUUGCACUCAUGGUGAUUUCCUCAAAGUGUACUCUGAAGGUGGAAUCCAUGGACCGGGGCCUCCCGGCAUCAACGAAUAUUCUGCCUGGUCUAGAAUUCUAUGUGGAAACAGAGCUGAGACGCCACCCGCGUUAUAUUCACAUGGACCGCUAAUGGUUUUGGAGUUUCAAAGUGGGCAGAAACCUUCAAACGCUUCAGGAUUUAUCGGAACAUACAGGUUUAUAGAUAGACGAAACUUCGAGACAGAUGGCGUAAAGGUCAGCGAUACAUUGUGCGACUACGUGUUCACUUCGCAACAAAACAGACCAGCACAUGGAAGACUUUACAGUCCCAGAUAUCCUUCCAGCUACCCUAGUAAUGUCAGAUGUAGUUAUCAUUUUAAUGCAAGAAAACAUGAAAAAAUUAAGCUGAUAUUCGAAGAAUCGUACUUACAGAAAGGAGACGAAAGUUGUUUGAAUCGUGCGGACAUAAUCAAAGUAUUUGAUGGGAAAAUGCCAACGGCGCCAGUCAUUGCAAUGCUCUGCAAUGAAAUUGUAGGUUACGAAAUUCUAUCAACGGGGCCCGAGCUUUUAGUUCAAUUUACGGCUAAUUCAAAUACGCCGGGACAAGGGUUCAAAGCCAGCUACCAAUUCUUGAUGGAAGAUAAUUCUAGCACAGAUGUUGAAAGUAAUAGAAAGGCGAGUACAAUAAAUAUAACUUCUGCCUUGGGACCAGCUGUCAGCGCCGCAACGUCAUCAUGCCAUCAAGUAUUCAGGUCUGAUAAGAGCAGAAGCGGCAAAUUGAUCUCUCCUUUAUACCCGUCGCCGUAUCCGCCGAAAACGCAAUGUCAUUAUGACUUCCUAGCAAGGGGGAGACAACGCGUGCGAUUGGUGUUCGAAGAUUUCAGCUUACAGAGGGUCACAGGCAAUAUUAUUGACUGUGAGAGUAUGGACUCGUUAGAUGUAUUUUUAUACGUAGACGGCCGCCUUGAGAAGAUGGCGUCUUACUGUGGCAACGAUGUACCCAAGUCAAUCAUGUCGAAUGGACCAAAACUGUCUAUUGAGUUCAGAGGCAUAUACUCGUCGAGGUAUAGCAGAGGAUUCAAAAUAUCCUAUUAUUUUGUUGAAGAUUACGCCGUUGCAACAGGAAAACAGCUAUUAGAGUUUCCAUGUGCCUUCGUCUACAAUAGUACUGAGCGGCGGCAGGGAGUUAUGACGUCACCAAACCACCCCGGCCUCUACCCGCGGGAUACUGAGUGCAAUUACUUCUUUUACGGACGCAAGAAUGAACGCGUGCAUCUACACUUCUCACACUUUGACGUUGAGGGAGUUAUGCCAUGCGAAUCUGUAUCAGCCAGUGAUUACGUACAGUUCUCACAUAAGAUGAUUGAUACGGGAAGUAAGCGGCAUUGCGGUCAACUGAGAGAACUCCAAGUCGCUUCGAAGAGUAAUUUCCUGAGAGUCACGUUCCGUUCUAACGAUAGACUGGAUGGUACAGGAUUCAAAGCAGAAUAUAUCUUCCUCAAAGAUUCUGAUAUGCAAAGUAUAAAGCAGGAUGCUAGUGGUACUUCUUCUAAUCGGAUGAAGUCAAUGCUAUGGUGGUUUAUUAUUACCAUAUUUGUGCUCCACAUAAAACUA